AUGGCAUCGAAGCAGCUUCCAUACGCGGUUGAUAAGAGUUCCAAGGUGUAUGAUGAGUACAAGUUCAGUCUACCGGAGCUGUAUCGUGAGGUGGCCAAGGAGGAACUCCGCGAGAAUGAUGUCGAACGUGAGAAAGCUUUGACGGAAAUGCGUCAUUGGAUUGCGGAAAAUCCGUACAUCUUCAAGUGUCGCACGGAUGCAAAGUUCUUGCUUCGAUUUCUACGCUACCACCAGUUCUCAGUCCCAAUGGCAUGCGAGGCAUUGGAGCGUUAUCUGACCGUUCGACAAUUGUAUCCGAACUGGUUCAAGAACCUGGACUGUACUGAUCCCACCAUGAAACAAAUAUUGGACUACGAGCCAUUUACCUACCUUGGUCAGGAUGGGUCUGGCCAUUCCGUGUUUCUAAUACGCUAUGGGCGGUUUAAUGGCGACAAACACAGCCCCUUACAGGACGCUCGUUAUAUGGCAAUGGUACUGGAAACAGUACUGGAGUGGGAAGAGUUCCAAAUUGGUGGAUGUCAAGUGCUUAUUGACUAUCGAGAUAGUACCGUCAGUAACUUUGAAAAGUGGAGCUUAAGCGAGCUGAAAAUCAUUAUGGAUAUCUACAGUCGAUCGUACCCUUUGCGCUACGGGGAGAUCCAUGCAGCAAAACUACCAAAAUUUGCACUUCCCGUAAUUGAAACGCUGCUCUCAUUUGCAAAUCCGAAAUUGCGUGAAAAAAUCAGAUGCUACUCGUCGAUCGAGGAACUGGAGAAACAUUUUGAAGAUUCAUGGAAACCAACAUCGUAUGGUGGAACGGUUGAUUUUGAUGAGCAGAGCCGAGAAUUCCGUAGACGUAUCGAAAGCCAACGGCAGGUUGUUCUGGGCCUGGAUGACAUGGAGAUCGACGUGGAACAUUACGCGUCCUUGUGGGACUCGGAGGAAGCAGUGACCGGAGCCAUGCUGGAACAGUUGAACAUAAAGUAA